AUGAAAGUGACAGAGCGACCUCUCCCGCAUUGCAUAUCCUUAUUCUUGCCUGAAUUUCCAGUUUGGUCACCAGCUGUGCAGCCAGAGUUAAAGAUUCUGGGAUGUGUUGCUAAAGGAUCCAUUGGUCCAGUGCUGAAGGUCCUGAACUGCACAGAACAGAAGGUCUUUGCCUUAAAGGUAUUACCCAAAGGAGAAGUUCUGCGACGCAACACACUGAAGCAAUGUAAGGAAGAGGUCAGCAUUCAGCGACAGUUGAAACAUCCAUUUAUUCAAUGCCUGGGAGGGAGCUGGCAAGGACAACGUCAUCUGUUUAUCAUGUGUAACUACUGCAGAUAUGGAGAUCUCCAUUCCUGGUGGAUGUCUGUCAAGCAAACUGAUGAAGGCACAGUCCGGUUAUUUGCAGCAGAACUGGUAUCAGUAUUGGUCUAUCUUCAUAAUCUGGGAAUCAUACAUCGAGAUGUCAAGAUGGAAAAUAUAUUACUAGACGAAAGAGGACAUUUGAAAUUGUCAGAUUUUGGACUUUCUCGACAACUUCCUUUUGGAGAACGUGCAUAUACCAUAUGUGGUACCCUACAAUACAUGGCUCCUGAGGUUCUUUCUGGAGGUCCCUACAGCCACUCAGCUGACUGGUGGUCUUUGGGCGUCUUGCUGUAUGCACUGGCAGUUGGAGCGUUUCCAGUUCGAUGUGCUAGAGACCACAUAAGUAUGUUGGAGUUUGUCAAUCAAGCAGCAUUCAAUAUUCCGGAGUCUCUAAGCCAAGGAUUGUCCUUUCUUCUAAAAGAGCUCCUGUGUAAGGUUCCAAGACAGAGGCUACGCCACUUCCAUCAGUUCCAGAGCCAUGUUUUCUUCAGAGGAAUAACCUUUGAUCCCUCACUUCUUCAGAAGUACCCAGUAGAUCUUGUGUUAUCCAUGCGGAAAUCAGAAGAUAUGGACUUGUCAGAAACUGACGUCUUUGAAGACUUUGACUGUGAUUUUACAGAGACCUUGCAGUUUCCACACCCAGCCUAAAAUACAUCACCUGCAACAACAUAUAAGAACAUCAAUUCAACUGCUGCCUUAAACUGUGGAGCCUCAUGCUAAAUUUAAGAGUGUUAAGUACUUUCCACCCAUUGCCUUUAUUUAUCAUUGCUACAGUCUCCUAUUUAUCCUGUAUGGAUGUUUUUGCUUUUUAGCUAUUAGGCUAUACUGCUUUCUAAUGAUUGAAUACUCAUUUGUACUCACCAUAAGAUAAGGUUUUAAAUUUUCACAAUAAACUGGUGUUUUACUACU